AUGGCAAGUGAUGGUGGUUGUGAGGAGAAUGAGCAUGAGAUUUAUGGUGACGGGAGGGAGAGGGUGAUGGCGAGUGAUGGUGGUGAGGGGAGGGAGAAUGGGAUUUAUGGUGAGGAGAAUGAGCAUGAGAAUGGUGGUGAGGGGAGUGAGCAUGUGAUUUGUGGUGAGGGGAGGGAGCAUGUGAUUUGUGGUGAGGGGAUGGAGCGGGCGAUGGCGAAUGAUGGUGAGGGGAGGCACCAUGAGAUUGGUGGUGAGGGGAUGGAGCUUGUGAUGGUGAGUGAUGGGGGUGGUGAGGGGAAUGAGCAGGAGAUUGGUGGUGAGGGGAAGGACCGUGGAAUUGAUGGUGAGGUGAUGGAGCUCGUGAUGACGAGUGACGGUGAGGAGAGGGACCAUGAGAUUUGUGGUGAGGGGAUGGAGCUUGUGAUGGUGAGUGAUGGGGGUGGUGAGGGGAAUGAGCAGGAGAUUGGUGGUGAGGGGAAGGACCAUGAGAUUUAUGGUGAGGUGAUGGAGCGCUUGAUGGCAAGUGACGGUGAGAAGAGGGACCAUGAGAUUGCUGGUGAGGGGAUGGAGCUUGUGAUGGUGAGUGAUGGGGGUGGUGAGGGGAAUGAGACGGAGAUUGGUGGUGAGGGGAAGGACCAUGAGAUUUAUGGUGAGGUGAUGGAGCGGGUGAUGGCGAGUGACGAUGAGGGGAGGGACCAUGAGAUUUGUGGUGAAGGGAUGGAGCUUGUGAUGGUGAGUGAUGGGGAUGGUGAGGGGAAUGAGCAGGAGAUUGGUGGUGAGGGGAAGGACCAUGAGAUUUAUGGUGAGGUGAUGGAGCGGGUGAUGGCGAGUGACGGUGAGGGGAGGGACCAUGAGAUUUGUGGUGAGGGGAUGGAGCUUGUGAUGGUGAGUGAUGGGGGUGGUGAGGGGAAUGAGCAGGAGAUUGGUGGUGAGGGGAAGGACCAUGGGAUUUAUGGUAAGGUGAUGGAGCGCGUGAUGGCGAGUGACGGUGAGGGGAGGGACCAUGAGAUUGCUGGUGAGGGGAUGGAGCUUGUGAUGGUGAGUGAUGGGGGUGGUGAGGGGAAUGAGCAGGAGAUUGGUGGUUCGGGGAAGGCCCAUGAGAUUUAUGGUGAGGUGAUGGAGCGCGUGAUGGCAAGUGACGGUGAGGGGAGGGACCAUGAGAUUGCUGGUGAGGGGAUGGAGCUUGUGAUGGUGAGUGAUGGGGGUGGUGAGGGGAAUGAGCAGGAGAUUGGUGGUGAGGGGAAGGACCAUGAGAUUUAUGGUGAGGUGAUGGAGCGGGUGAUGGCGAGUGACGGUGAGGGGAGGGACCAUGAGAUUUGUGGUGAGGGGAUGGAGCUUGUGAUGGUGAGUGAUGGGGGUGGUGAGGGGAAUGAGCAGGAGAUUGGUGGUGAGGGGAAGGAGCAGAUGAUGGUUUGUGACGGGUUAUAA